AUGCCGUGGACCGCGCUCGACCUGGACCCCGUCGACGGCGGCCGCGUUCGCCUCCGCGCCGUCGUCGGCGGCGCUACGCCCGCGCGCGAUCGCCCCGUCGUCGUCCUCGUCCACGGUUGGAGCGGGACGGCGGCGUACUGGUCGCCGGCGAUGCGCGCGGCGCGCGACGACUUUCCCGCGACGAUCGCGUUCGAUCUUCGAGGGCACGGCGGGAGCGACCGUCCGGGACGCGGCCACACCGUCGCGCGGCUGGCGAUGGACCUGCGGGAGGUCCUGGAGCAGGCGGCGGCGAGACUGUCGCCGAGCGGGUUCGUGCUCGUCGGCGCGUCGAUGGGAUGCGCGGUCGUUUGGUCGCUCUUACAGUUGUGCGGCGCGCGAUGGCGCGUCGGAGGGGGGAGCGAUGCGACCGAGGUGAGCGUCAUCGGCGCGGUGCUCGUGGAUCAGGCCCCGUUGCAGAAUAGACGCCCGGAUUGGGAGCUGGGGAGUUUGGGUUGUUACGACGCGGCGAGUUACGAGGCGUUGGCGGCGGCUGUGAGAAGAGAUAUGUCUACGUUCGCGGAUGGUAACGCCGAGGCUUGCUUUCACGAUCUCAGUGUCGUUGAUCCCGACGUGCUCGCCAUGGUGAAGAGCGAGACGCUCGAGUGCUGUCCCGAGGCGUUGUGCGAGCUGAUGUACGACCACACGCACCAAGACUGGCGAAGCGAGUGUCGACACAUGACCAUCCCGGCGCUCGUCCUGGCGGGACGUGAAACCAAAAUAUUUCCCAUAGAUGGCAUCAAAGCGGUGGCUGAGAUGAUUCCCGAUUCGGAGUUGAAGAUUUUCGAAAACUGUGGGCAUUGGUUGUACCUCGAAGAACCGAAAAAGUUUGCCGACGAGGUUCAUGAUUUCGUGACGCGGUGCGAUGAUAAACAAAGGGCGGCGACGUCGGAGGGGUCGUGA